GCGGAGCAACACAAGAACUGGAGGGAAAGCUUUGCACUCUACAAACUGGGCCGACACAAACAGGACUGUAAAUUUCUUAACUGAGAAAAGACGUAUUGUGGCCACUGCAAAUAGAAGACUGAUUGUGGAAGAAUUCAUUUCUAAGGGAGCGCACCCGUCGCGGAAGUGACGUGUCAAAUCGUGCCAGAGGAAGUUUGUGUGGCGGCGGCGCUGGAAGAGAAAGUUUUCCCGAAGCGAGCACUCGCGGAACGAGAAUAACCAACGACAACAGCCGCGCUGCGGUACCGAGCGGAACGGAGCUGAAAGAAGGCGCGUCGUUGACGCUCGUUGCAGCGUUGGAGACGCGCGCGGCGGACUCCUCCUCGCCCUGAGAUGGGGAAGGAGCAGGAACUGCUGGAGGCGGCGCGCACCGGGAAUCUGGCCGCCGUCGAGAAGCUCUUGUCCGGCAAGAGGCAGUCAGGCGGUUCGGGCCCCGCGAGCGGCAGCGGAGGAUCGUCCGGUAAUGUCGGGAGCGGUGGACACAGCGCUUCUCAUCCGCUCUCCAGUCUACUCAGUAUUUGGAGGGGACCAAAUGUGAACUGUGUGGAUAGCACUGGAUACACACCUCUACACCAUGCUGCUUUAAAUGGACACAGUGAGGUAGUUGAGGUACUGCUGCGUAAUGAGGCUCUGACAAACAUGGCUGAUAAUAAGGGCUGUUAUCCUCUACACCUCGCUGCAUGGAAGGGAGAUCAACGCAUUGUCAAACUUCUCGUUCAUCAGGGACCAUCUCAUCCUAAACUCAAUGAACAGAACACUCUAGAAAACAAAGAGUUCAAACGCUGUGGCCCGUUUGACCCCUAUAUUAAUGCCAAGAACAAUGAUAACGAAACACCGUUGCAUUGUGCAGCACAGUAUGGGCACACACAGGUGGUGCAGCUGCUGCUGGAAGAGUUAACCGAUCCCACCAUGCGUAAUAAUAAGUUUGAGACACCGCUGGAUUUGGCCGCUCUCUACGGCAGGCUGGACGUGGUCAAACUUUUGAUUUGUGCCCAUCCCAACCUACUCAGUUGCAAUACUAAGAAACACACCCCUCUCCAUCUGGCAUCCCGUAAUGGACACUUGUCUGUGGUAGAGGUUCUCCUGGCGGCUGGUGUGGACAUCAACUACCAGACAGAUAAAGGUAGCGCUCUUCAUGAAGCAGCCCUCUAUGGAAAGACAGAAGUGGUACAAAAACUUCUCAACGCAGGUAUCGAUGUGAAUAUUGUAGACGGUAAGAAUCUGACAGCGCUGGACACUGUUAGAGAUAUGCCCUCUCAAAAGAGCAGACAGAUCGCUGGACUCAUACAGGCUCAUAUGAGUGGCUGUCCAUUAAACAUUACUCCGCCUUCUCCACCUGUGGCUACACCUCAAAACAGCUUGAGCCCCAAGAAGAAAGGAGAAAUGGAGCAGCAGGUCAGUGAUCUUAUUUCGGCUAUGGAGGAGAGUCCGUAUGAAGCUCUGUGUGAAGCGUCCUCGUGCCAAUCGCUCGACAGUCUCGCCAGUGGAAAAUCAUCCGACAGAGAUUCCGGCCGACCGGACAGUGAAGCUGGAAAGAAAGAGCGAUCAGCACCUCUUCAGGUUGUUCAGGGCCCGGACGAGGAGCUCAGUUCUGAGGCCGUUUACACCAACAGCAGUGUAGAUGAACGCAUGGAGUCAGAGGAAGACCACAUAUAUGACCUGCUGGUCACCGCACACACAAAAAUGCCAAACACCUCCAAAAACAAAACAGAAGAGCACACAGUCAAGUCUUCCAGCAGUGCUGUACCUCAGAAGAAGACAAGUGCACACACUGACCUGCAGCCUCCAGCAUGCAGCACAAAUACACUGCAGCCACCAAUACCUGUAUUCAAUAAAGCCCAGACAUCUGCAGAGAGCUCAUCGUACGGCCAGGAUUUAAGCCCUGCCGUUCCCGAGCAGUUCACCGGUCUGCUUCACGGUUCCUCGCCGGUGGUCGACUGUCGGGAGGGAGCUUUCAAACUGCCUGCUUCUGGAGAGAAGACCUGCGAGGUUUCCGACACAUCCACGAGCUCUGCCCCUCUCCACCAUCCCACCCCGUCGGUCACCAUGGAAACCGUUCUUCAGGACACAGACCCUAAAGCAAUCUACGCCACCGUUCACAAAGACCGUCGGGAUUCGCCGAGCCGCAACCCGUCCGUCCGCGAUUCUCCGUCGACGAGGAAGAAGGCUCCUCCGGGUGAUCUCAAGCUGGCUCGAAGCCUUUCGAAGUCCGACUCUGACCUGCUGGUGUCGUCACCUGGCGAUGAAGAGACAGGAUUGGGUGGACGAAGUGAGUCUGUGUCCGACUGCAGCAUCACUAAGAGAAGACUGGAAAAGUCACCUUCUUUUACUUCAGAAUGGGAUGAGAGACAGAGGAUUUCUCGCUCUAUUCCAUGGAGACCGCGGGCCGACCAAAAAAUUGAGAAGAUCAUGACUCUGAUAGGGGCUGGCAUUGAUUUCUCUAAAGAGCAGGACUGCCCUGUUUCAGGUGGAUCGGGGCGGCUUCUGGAUCAGCCGGUUGGUGAUUGGUUGGAACAUAUAGGUCUUCCACAGUAUGAGAGCAAACUGCUGCUCAACGGCUUUGAUGACCUGCGAUUUAUGGGAAAUGAUGUAAUGGAGGAGCAGGACCUGAAGGAAAUUGGCAUCGCUGAUCCUGGACAUCGCAGAAAGAUCCUGAAUUCUGCUCGCUCUUUACCAAAGGUUAAAGCAUUGGGUUGUGAUGGAAGCACGUCUCUCGCUGCAUGGUUGGAUGUUUUGGGUCUUCAGGAAUAUCUGCACAACUUUCUGUCCAGUGGUUAUCGCACACUAGAGUCUGUAAAGAACCUUUGGGAAUUGGAGAUAGUCAAUGUACUAAAGAUCACACUGUUGGGUCACAGAAAACGGAUUAUUGCAUCAUUAGCUGAACGGCCCUAUGAGGAACCGCCGGUCAAACCCCCUCGCCUGUCCCAGAUCAGAUGUCAGGAUCUUUUGAGUUCAUCUCCUCUGAGUCAUUCAGACUCUUACACGUGCUCAAUGGAUCCUCUCUUACCUGCAGUGGAUUCUGGGAGGAGGAGAGGACCCGAGUCAGACUAUGACCUGACAACCCGACAGCGGACAAACGACAGACCUCAACCGCAGGAGAGAUAUGAGGAACGUCAACGGGAACCUCGCUUGACCUUACGACCUCCGAGUCUGGCAGCACCGUACACACCGGUCCAGAAUUGGCACCAUCAACCUGAAAAGCUCAUUUUUGAAUCGUGUGGUUAUGAGGCCAAUUAUCUUGGCUCAAUGCUCAUUAAAGAGUUGAGAGGAACGGAGUCAACACAGGACGCCUGUGCUAAAAUGAGGAGUUCGACAGAACAGAUGAAGAAGACCCCCACUAUCGUCCUCUCCAUCACGUACAAGGGUGUGAAAUUCAUUGAUGCUGCCAACAAGAACAUCAUUGCCGAACAUGAGAUCAGAAACAUCUCGUGUGCAGCUCAGGAUCCAGAAGAUCUCUGCACCUUUGCUUACAUCACUAAAGAUCUUCAGAGCAGUCAUCAUUACUGUCACGUCUUCAGCACUGUAGAUGUGAAUCUGACCUAUGAGAUCAUUCUGACAUUGGGACAGGCGUUUGAAGUGGCCUAUCAGCUGGCACUGCAGGCCCAGAGGAGCCGACAACAUCAGAGCUCGACAGGAGGAGCGGAAAUCAUUGAGACCAAGAGCAGUCGACCUGUACCCAAACCUCGAGAGAGUGUCCGCAAGUCUGGGUUGGAAGCGAUGGACGUGGACGCUCACAGUCAAAGCAGCGCAGCCUGGAUCACAGACUCCAAAGAUCCCAAACCUACCGUCAGCACCAAGUAUGAGACCACCAUAUUCUGAUCGGACGUUCCCGUCCUCACAUCUCUCCUCCCUGUGCUCUGUGCCUUCACUCUCUAGAUAGACUUUGACUUUCCCUUCAUCGACAUUCAAUCGCUCUCUUUUCUCCUCCGGACUCGAUCUCGCCCUCAUUCGCUCCGUCAGGCUGAGGUCUGCUUCUGCUUUCACUGUCUGACUCUUUAUUCCAGACGUUUAAAGGCUCAAAGAAACCUCCACUCUUCUUAAAUCAUCCUCAAGAUUGUCUGUCCCGUUGUAGCCCUUUAAGUUUGUGUAUGCUGACCACUUCACCUGUAGUUUCAUCUAAACUGACCUGAAACCAAAGUAAAUCUACACCGAGGAUCAGAUCAUCUCUGUUAGUACAUUAGUUUUAUCACCUGAAGAAACUAAGAGAAAUGUAAUAUUUCUCCCUCCAUCAUUCAUACUGAUGUUGGCUGCAGUGAAGAACUCGUUCCCAUUAUCAUCUUCAUCAUCCUCUUCACUUUCAGCUUUACUAAACAUUUACUGUAGCAGCAGAUCACAUGAUGAGAUGAGGCACUUUAGAUGAGCGGGGUUACUUUACUAUUCCUUUAGUAAGCGCACAAAUCCCAUGCUUUUUAAAGAAAGGACUACUCAAUGUGUUAGAUAAGAUCAGUGAUCCCACAUAAGCCUGUUACCACAAAAUCACCCAUGUUGACAAACUGAAACAUUCGACUCUGGAUGUUUCGUAUGUUAAAAUCCCAGUUUGUUGCCAUUUUCAUGACGUGCCACUGGAUGAUCAGAUGUCUAGCAAGCUUGUUGAUCUGUUAUCUUACAGACUGAUGUUUAAAUCAUCUCUCUAUGGACUAGAUCGAUCUAUUAGUCCUGUUAUGUUACUAUGCACCUCUAACAGAUGACUCUGGAUUUUACAUUCAAACUGCACUAACACAUCAAUCAAACUCUUCAUUUUAUUUUGCUGCCAAAAUAUGGAUUGAUGUUUUAACACUGUGAUAUAAUGUGGUGUUUUAUGUCGGACCAGUAAAUGUCUGAACCGAAUCACAGAGAUAUCUGAGAAACCUCCUGUUCGUGACGUGUCUGAUGUUGAGACAUCAAAGUGAAAUGAGAUUGACUUGAUCAAACGCGUUUCACAGCAUAUCUAAGAUUGGGCACAUACAGGGUUCACACCAGACGUGGUAGAGGCGGCAAGCAUGAGUUAUUUACAUGUUAAAGGCGGAGUCCACGAUGUUUGAAAGCCAAUGUUGAUAUUUGAAAUCACCUAAACAAACACGCCCCUACCCCAAUAGAAUCUGGACCUUCUGUUGAUAGACCCGCCCCACACAUACGCAACCCAGGCAACGAUGACGGUUAGUAGACACGCUCCUUACUGCUGAUUGGCUAUAAGUGUGUUUUGGGAGUCAGCCCGUCUCCUUUUCCAAAGCGUUUUUCAAACAUCGUGGACUUUAAGUCAAUGAAAAGAUGCGAUUAGGCAUCCUGUUGCCACGGGAAACGCGCAAGUUGAAAAAUCGGAACUUUAGCGGAUUUCCGCGCUGCGUUAACCAAUCAGGACCUUGCUGUAGUAGUCGCAGAAGCCCCUCCCAUGAUGCAAUUUCCGCGCGAAUGAUGCGAGUGAACUCAAAUGUUCAUGCGUCCAACUACGCGUUAAUACUGCGUUUUUGUCGCCUCUAUCGCGGCUGGUGUGAAUGCACCCUUAGAAAUGCUGCUUGGUCUUCUAUAUUCUUGUUUUGGGUUUUGAAAGUGGAAAUGUGUUCAUACAAGCCUUAAAAACACCUCAUGGGUGCUUAAACAUUUACAUAUACAGUACAGUAUGUAGCACACAGCAACACUUUCAGCUGCUGCAUUUCUAAGAUGGUGAUUCAAGGCAUUAACAAGGUGUUUAUGAUCAACAUCAUAACCAGAUUAAUGUCACCUUAUAUUAUCUGCUGCUUUAUCUCUGCAUGGCAUCUGUCGUUUCCUUUAUUGGCCCAACAUCAUUCUGUUUCUUCUGUAAAUCAAUUUCUCUUCACAAAAUCCUGUCAUCCAUGGGUUCCUAGUGAAAAACAGCUGCUACUUGAAAACGAGUUUACUCUACAUGCUUGAUAAAUUGGACAGCCAUUAUUA